GCCGUUUGCUAAGACAAGAAGUGUCCAAACCACGAUCUUUGAAAGCUUUGGAACCUUCAGUGCCCAACCUUAUCAAGGCAGCAAUCAAGGAUACUUCUCUAUAUCAUGCUCGCCUUCCCAGCUAGAGAUCAUCUGCAGAACUGUAUCAGACAUCAACCAUGGCAGACAACAUGAUCUCCGCCUCCAAGGCCAGACCUUCAAUUGAGACAGAGGACUCCUCCUCCUUUACCUCCCAGACCAACACAUCAGUCAAGACAGAGCACAUCUCUUCAGCUUCCAUGCCCACCACUCCAAUCAGCCCCAGCUUCAAACUGCAAAUGUGCGAGAUCAACCUGAGCGAAUACCAAAGCGAUGGCACAUACCAGAAACCCGCCCAGAUCCAGCUUCAAUACAGAUCAAACGAUACCAUCCUGCUCAACGAAUUGACCUGCGAAUUCAACCGUGGCCACCACGUUGCUGCCCUCGGUUUCUGGGCCAAAUGCAUCGGUGGAGUUCCUAAUGGAUAUGCAUUAUACGGCACUCUCAUCUACGGUCAUCCCAAAGGUCCUACCGAGUCGUACAAGCAUUUGGCCGAACAUGUCGUCAGUAUGAUCAAGGGAGAUAUUGCCAAUUGUGCUUGUGCUUUGUGUACUGGUCCUAGCAGGAUUCUGGAGGUUUCGGAAGAGACUUUUGAUCACAGUGAGCAGGAGUAG